GUAACGUGUAGCCCGUUUACGCGAGAAAACCUGUUUCCAGCCUUCCCUCCUUCACGGAAACAAACUGAAACACACACCACAAGAAAAGCAAAAACGCACGGAUGUGCCGCUUGUUCCAGGAGGAGGGGAGUAAACCUCCUCCCAGCGCUGUCACAUUCAAACAGGCAACGGUGCGAGGUUGGCGCUAUCCCCCCUCUUCCUCCCUGCUCCUUUAAAUUGGAGCUUUGGAGCUGUGGCUUGUGACUGAUUUGCAUUAUUCCGUUGUUUGUGGAGCUGAAGCUGAAGCCGCCGUCACUCCGCGCGGGAAUAACGGGACUUCGCCCGCAGCUCCGGGGACUGACUUUAGAGGGCAGCAGAUUUUCACUUCAAACAACUUGGUGUUUGGAGCCAUUCAUCUUCCCCUCUACACUGACCAGAGCCCCUGUCCGGCCUGUGGCAUGAUGUAGCACUUCAAGAAGCAUACCAGUGUCAUUCCUCCACUAAAGCGAGAGCCAAAGCAGAGCCCUGCAUCUGAAUGGCAGUCUGACUAGGGUGUACCCUGCCUCUCGCACUGUGGUAGCUGGGAUAGGCUCCAUCCCUCCUGUGACGCUGGUGGAUUAUUAAACAAUGGAUGACACAACAGUCACUGACCUCAAAGAGUCAACAUCGGAGCAGUCAGUAAAUCGGAUUGAAACUCAUAAACCUGGGACCACCAGGCUGGAAGAACUGCACAGCAGAUUUAUCGUCCUUUGAUUUGAAAGAAAUCUGCAAAGAAGUCACAUUGAUGGAUUUCAUUGAGGACAUUUUUGACCCAAACCCUGAGUUGUCUGAAAAAUAACCGCACCAGUGUAUGCCAUUUUGACGCCAUGUUGCAUCUGAGUCACCUGUACCAUGUGGUCAGUGGGCUUGCUUUUUUCUCACACCUUUUGGACUCUAGAUUUAUCGUGAUGCUGCUUUUCUCUGUUGCACUCUCAGAGUUUCCCACAAGCGGAUUUUGACUAUUGACAACAUGCCUCUGCUCAAAGUCAGGAAAAUCAGGACUUUUACUCUCCUUUUUUGUGUGAUUACAUUUACAACUUUCCUGUUCAGCUAUACUUUCCGGGACCCUUCACUCUACUUCUUUAAGUACGCAUUUCGCCUGUCGGACAACUUCUUCUCCAAAGGCCUGUGUGCCUGUCGUCAGUGCAUAGCGGAGCUGGAGGAUGACCCGUGGUUCGCUGAACGCUUUAAUCAGUCCAUCCACCCUCUGAUGACCAGAGAGAACAGUGCCCUCUCCGAUGAGACCUUUAAGUGGUGGCAGUGGUUGCAGUCAGAGAGGCAGCCAGCCAACUUCAGCGAAGUGGUGGAGGAGCUGUUCCAAGUCAUCCCCGAUGAGGUGCUUUACAUGGACGCCAGCCCCGAGCGCUGCAGGACUUGCGCCGUCGUGGGGAACUCUGGGAACCUGAAGGGGUCCCAUUACGGUGGCCUCAUCGACUCCAGUGAUUUCAUCAUUAGAAUGAACCAGGCUCCCACCACUGGUUUUGAGGAAGAUGUGGGCAGCAGAACAACUCAUCAUGUCAUGUAUCCAGAAAGUGCCAUAGACCUGGACAAUAUUACUAGUCUGGUGCUGAUCCCGUUCAAGACUCUGGAUCUGCAGUGGAUUAUUAGUGCUCUGACCACUGGCACUAUUAAACACACAUAUUUACCUGUGAUGUCCAGGAUAAAGGCAAACAAAGAUAAGGUGUUGAUUUACAGUCCAACAUUUUUCAAAUACGUCUACGAAUCGUGGCUUGACAGUCAUGGACGAUAUCCUUCGACUGGUUUCCUCAGUUUGCUGCUCGCUGUCCACAUAUGUGAUGAGGUCAGUGUGUUUGGAUUCGGUGCAGACCAGUAUGGAAACUGGCACCACUACUGGGAGGAGAACCAUUUGGCCGGAGCUUUCCGACACACAGGAGUCCACGAUGGAGAUUACGAAUAUAAUGUCACCCUGCUGCUGGCAGACAAGCACAAAAUCCGAAUGUUUAAAGGCAGAUGAUACCGAGCCCAUAUGUGCAGCUGGAUGACCACCAAAUGAACCUCAGCAGCCUUUUAAUGUUUGUUACCCACCAAAAGAAAAGUGUUGUUUUCGUUUUAUUUCUUUAUUUUACGGAUUCCAAAGACAUUUUCACUAUUCUGCUCAGCCCAGUUUCCUGUCAUUUACUGAAGUGGCUGUUUAACAAAUGUCACUUCUAUUGUCACACCAGGAGACGAGGACAGGCCAUCCACAAGACAAAAUCAGCACUGCCACGGGAGACUGAGCAGAUAAUAGAAGAAGGGAGACGAAGAUGUAUUUUAAUAAGCAUGUUAUUAUAAAAAGCUGAAGUACUACUACAUAGUAUGUGUGUAAUCCAUGUGUCGCUUUUCUAUAUAACGAUGUCCAGCACUGUGGCCGCCAAAAGCUUUGUAUGCUAAUGAUCAGACCAAGUGCCGUAAUUACCGUUUAUGUGUGCAUAGACAUUCAAUUGCCUCUGUUGCAAAGUGUUUAAGUUUAAAUUGAUCCCCAAUAAAUGUAAAAGCAUUUAAAGCAAAAUCCUACAGACCUAACAUCAAAAUGCAUUUCCACAAUAUGGCACUGGUUUUUUACAUUGUAGCGAUGGACAUGCGAGAAAUUCUGCUGUUUUUUGUCAGACCCACCAAUUUUUUCAUGUGCAACUUUCACCAAAUAGCUAUUUAUUAACUUGCUUCCCUGAUUACAGCUGUAAAAUAAAGUUUAAUGACACUAAAGGGGUGCUUAAAAUUGAACCCAAAAUCUACCCCAAAGAAAUGGUUUUACUACAUUGGGACAUUUACAGAAAACCCACGGGACUGCAGCCACAUCUAUGGGAAAUACUUAAGUGUUCAGUCCAAAUGUCAAACACUUUGUCAUCCCUACUUACUAAGUUUUGCAGUGACCAUAUAGUCAUAUUUUUACUUUACUUGUGAUUAUAUUUCAUUUUGUUUCAUUUUUUUCAUUUUUAAGCCACAAUGCCUGAAAGAAAAUGAAGUCUCUAUCAAAAAGAGUCUAAAGAUGAUUAGACCAAAAAGCAUGGAGUUUUAAAUAUUUAAUGAAAAAAUAAUGUAUUCAGGCCCCCAAGGGAUAGAGGUACUAAUCUGGUUUUGGGUUUGCUGCUACUUUUAGCCACACUGAAAUACCUAAACUAGGGUGACCAACCGUCCUCUUUUCCCCGGACAUGUCCACUUUUCACAUUCUGUCCGGGGCGUCCGGGGGCAUUUUUGAGAUUGAUAAAAAUGUCCGGGUUUUCCGACAGAGGACCCAUAUGUGUGACGUCAUCCCCGAACUGCUGCUUUGUGAGCGCUUGUUCUGCGCUCACAGACGGGCAGCAACGCGCCUAUUAUAUUAUCAUUAUAAUGAUGUUUAAAAGAUCCCAAAGCGCAAGUGCAUCUUUUCAGACGAACUGCAAAAGACAUUUCCCUCAGACCAACCCAGUACUGGUAAUUUUUCUUAUGCAGAUGAGGUAUUAUUUCUGUACCAUUAUUUAAUUUCAGAGGUUUUUAAGUUAUUUUUUUUGCACUUGUUGACUUGUAAAAGCCUACAUGACAUAUUGUAUUUCACAAUUCAUUAACCGCACAGAGAAGGCAUCGUUUUAAUAUGUUAAAUAUAUUUCUUUAGGCAAGUUUUUCAUGACUGAGCCAAGUGUCCUCUUUUUUGGAAAUUAAAAUAUGGUCACCCUACCUAAACAACAAUCAGAUAAAUACAAUUUUCAACUGAUAGUCAUAGGGUUGACACUUUAAUUUUAUUUUGUUAUGCACUUUGUUUUGCGAACCAAUUGUUAGCUGUCUAACCUGCUAAGCUAUGAUGGGGAACAUGUUAAACAUUGUGCUUGUGCUAAUGAUGCUAGCAUUAUCAUAAAGAGCAUUUCAGCAUGCCAGCAUUGAGCCCAAGUUCCCCUGUGUCUCACAGAGCUGCUGAUAUAUGCAGUGUCUUAAUUUUCCCGCACUUAAGCUUAUUUUCUUCUUAUUUUGCUGAACAUUUGGAGGCUGUAGUGUUUUUUGUGACGCCAGUAUGUAUCUCCUAGCAAGUCAGAAUUAGCACUAAACACUAAAAAAUGCAGUAAGCUAGUUCCUUAGUUGUCACUCUCUGUGCUCACUGUGCACUGAGGGUACAAAUAAGACUUAGCUUUUUAAUCUUAUUCUUCUCAUUUUGCUGGCUAUUUCUUGACUCUGAUGGUUGAGAAGUAGACACACAAAUCUGAGCUAGCACGCUGGUACUCAUGGGCUACAUUUCAGUAUCCACUUCUUCUAUCAUUUGCUUUUUCAGAUAUGUCUCAGUCACAUAGACAGCAAUAGAAUGACAACCUCCUUGUGACUAGGAAAAAUCAGUCAUUGAUUGUACUGAAUUUUUUCACAUUGGCGACUGAUUUCAAAUAGUUGGGACGAACAACUGGUUGCCUAAAGGUUAAGUGUGUAACACUCAACAACUUGUUGUAACUCAACUGCUUGCCACCAAAAUUAUAAUCUCAUUAUAUCUUUAUAUAAAAGCAAAGUUGCUGAGCGCCACUGUCAUCUUGCAGUUAAAUGACCAUAAUGCAGCAACUACAUCACUAUUUGUGGAGGGAUUUCUCAAUUUUAAAUCCAUGGUUCUGGCUGGGUUAUAGCAGUUAAUGUAAAUUUCUGUUUAAUAUGAAUUUCUGUGGACACAGACAGCAUUGAAUUUGUAUUUUUCACCAGUUUAACACAGUUGAUCACCAUAUUAACAAAAACUGACUGCAUUUAAGUGCUAACUUGACCCCACUCAAUUGCAAACUGAUAGCAGACUAACUCCAUCUUAUUGCCGUUGCGUUGCCAUCUUUGAGUAGUCCCAGACCCGGUCUUUGUUUUCGAAGCAACUUCUUCAAAGGACACCAGUUCAAUCAUUUUGGUUUUCUCUAGUUGUAGAAUUAAAUUUUCUACCCACAAUUUAAGUGUUUCGUACCCAGUACAUAUGAGGAGAGAUGACUGUAAUGAAAAAUCUCUUGAAAUUUUCAUGAAUUAUAUGAAUUAUUUCCAUCUCUUUGACAGGGCUGGCCUGAGCUACAUAUUCAGAACACAGAGACCACAUCAGACAGGAUGCAGCGUGUGCUUCAGCUGCUUUCACUAAAAAUACCAUAAUGUGGCACCUUCCUGCUGCUUUAUGUGGCGGUGUGGGCGUGUUAAUAUGUAAAAUGUAACCGAGGUGAAACAGAAAAUAGUUUUAUUGCUCUUAUUUGUUCCCGUGAUCGCCACUCUCUCUCUCACUCAACCACUGUGGCUCUCUCUCGCUCUCUUUCUCAUUGAGCUGAGGUGAAGGGGGUCAGCUUUGAUGUUUCAAUGUAACUCACAAUUUCAGCAGAUUCUACAUUUGAAAUUGUAGAAUACCAAGACCAACUAAGUUUCUGUUCUAGAAAGUAGGAAAGUUUGGUGUUUGGAAUUUGUUGUUUCUUUUAUUAAAUCUGCUGGGCCAAAAGGACUCUACUGGAGACCUGCAGCUACCUGUGGAUUAAGAGUUGUGUUAUAGCAAAGCAAUCAAUGAGAUUGUGCCGGUGGGUGUGAUGGAAAAAUGACAGAGAGGUUUUCAGUGUUUGCAGCGUAACACAAACAGCAGGUUCUUUGUCAUUGAUCAUCAACACCUGACAUAUGAACCAGCCUAUACAGGGGUGCCUUAUCGUUGAAAUCAGUGAUGUAGUAUACAUUUUUUGGUGUAUUAUGUGACACAGUUUGUAAAUGAAAAGUACGUGUAAAGUGCCUUACAGUUAAAGUGUACUGUAUUGUUGUGUAAAUCUGACACUCUUAUGCUUGGUACACACAGUAUAGCUGUCUCAUUUAUUGUCAGUAAGAUGUCAACAUGUUUUGCACUUUUUGAUGAGGUGUCGCUCUGUUUUGUCCAGACUUUAUUAGCUUGCUGAUCACGCUGAACUCUCACCUUCUUAUUUUUACUCACAGACAUCUGACCUGAAAUGUUGUGCUUGUUCAGAUGAUGCAGGAGUUAGGCUUAGCUGCAGUAACAGGCUAUGAUUUGCUCCGUGUGCCUUGUAACAGAUUAGAGACAUUUGUCUGGCGGUUGUCUUUUCUUCAUUCUCGCACACACGAGCGGGACGGAGACAAACCACCAUUUGGUUUUUCCUGUCACCAUGAAUUCAUUCAGCUGCCACAGAAGACAACAGUGGUGUGAAUGUGUCAUACAGGGAGCAGGGAAUACUGCCACCUAGUGGACAAAAACGUGGGUCAGCAUUAACGUGUUUUCAUUUGUUAUUGUAUCAGUCGGUAUGAACUGGCACUUUUCAAACUGUAUUCAUUGUUUAUGGUUUAAAUAAACUGUAAGUAGUGCA